AGUGCCGGAAGCUUCCAGUCUGUUCAAAAUGGCUUACCAGACACUACAACAGGAGUACCUACAGAUUCCUGUUGUUACCAGGGCAUAUACAACCGCCUGUGUCCUCACAACUGCUGCAGUGCAACUAGAGAUCAUCACACCAUUUCAGCUAUACUUCAAUCCAGAUCUGAUUCUAAGGAAUUACCAGGUAUGGCGACUAAUAACCAACUUCCUGUUUUUUGGUCCAGUUGGCUUCAAUUUCCUGUUCAAUAUGAUUUUUCUGUAUAGAUACUGCCGGAUGCUGGAGGAGGGCUCCUUCAGGGGACGCACGGCUGACUUUGUCUUCAUGUUCCUCUUUGGUGGCCUUCUGAUGACCAUAUUUGGCACUUUUGUAAGCCUGGUGUUUCUGGGCCAAGCCUUCACUAUCAUGCUGGUGUACGUGUGGAGUCGGCGAAAUCCAAACGUUCGCAUGAAUUUCUUUGGCCUGCUGAAUUUCCAGGCCCCCUUCCUUCCCUGGGUGCUGAUGGGAUUCUCACUUCUGCUGGGAAACUCCAUCAUUGUUGACCUUUUAGGUAUCGCUGUUGGCCAUGUGUACUUCUUUCUGGAGGAUGUUUUCCCCAACCAGCCAGGUGGUGGAAGGUGGCUCAAGACCCCGUCUAUCAUAAAGAUGCUGUUUGACACACCAGAGGAAGAUGCCAACUACAACCCUUUGCCCGAGGAGCGCCCGGGAGGGUUUGCCUGGGGAGAGGGACAGCGCCUUGGAGGUUAAAUAUGGCCACAGGUGGUGUCUGAUUGUCAGGUCACUUUCAAGGACAGUCCCUCAGAGAGAUGAAGUGGAUGAACACGGUCUUUGUUUUUGACUUGUUUGUUUAGUUCUGGAUGAAGAUUGCCAGAUAUAGAGAUAACGUCUGUUGUCUCUGUAUAUGGGCUUAUAUCAUCCCCAGAAACUCUUCUUGAUGCGAGAGCCUUGCUCUAAGACUCUUUGAGAGAACACAAGCUCCUGAAGGAACUCUGGAUUGUGAGCCUUUGGCCUCCGGUGAUGUUUUUUUUUCAAUCUAAAAAAAUAAAAAAUAAAAAAGGAUACAAAACAACUCUCAUAUUAAAGAGAAAACAAUGAGAGCAGUAAAAUAUCUAAAUGAAUUUAUUCAGAUGGCCAGUGCAUUCUUUUUCUCAUUUCACUUUUUAAAGAAAUAAAUGUGUGUGGCAAAUGAUGCUUUGGUUUGAUCUCUUUGAUCUGUAGAAGUAUUGCUUGAAACCAAAAACAUCUCCGACUAAUUGAUACGUACAAAUAGCAUUGUUGUCUGUAGAACAGCUCUUGUAACUGCAUUCUCUGUUCUCACAGCAGCUCAUUGUGAUAUAAAUAUCAAGAUUUGUACUAUUUUCUCAACUCCAUCUUUUCCUCCUAUCAGGUUAAGUUUUCACAGCUGUACUCCUUUUGUGUUGUAUUUGAUACAAACAGCCUUAAAUCAGAUAUGUGUAGUUAUGUCAUAUACAAAGGGGUGAGUCUUGCCAAUGUUAUUGUUUGUGACAUCUCCUCUGGUUUUUUUUUUUAUGGAUUUUCCACACAUUUUGAAUUCUGUUGUUUCUAUUUUUUAAAUGUUGCCAUGUUAUCUGGUUUGUGGGAAAUGGAUUAUGAAUCCUGGUAGAUAAUAUUUGACCUGUUUGUUGUUCUAGAGAAGGGAUAAAAGAAGCUAAUGAGAUGAAGUGUGAAAUGCAUAUGUCACAUUGGGAGGAUUGAAAAGCUUUGUUGAAUUAUGCUUGCCCUGGAACAAAAAAUAUAUACAGUAUAUGGGCCUAAUUUGAGUUUCUAAUCAUCUGUACUACUGUAUAGUGGGUUGAGAUGAGUAAUGGACUGUAGUGAAGUCAUAGUUUUUUAUGUAUUACAACUGGUUAUUCUGUUGUAUUUUGCACUUCUCAAUAAUCUUAAGAAAACUGCUGUACAAAUGGA